CCACUUUCUCCAAGUUUCGCUCUUUUUCAAUCUAUAAAUUCUUCAUUCCAAGCUUUUUCGAAAGCAAAGAAUGCGCUCUUCUCACGUUUCGAAUACCCACUAGUUCAAGGUUGGAGCCUAUUCUUUUUGUAAUGUGGAAUAAUUUGCCGAUUGGAAUCUUGCUCUGAUUUUCAUGAGAACUGUUUCAAUGUCCCUUUCAAAUUUGAUCUUGGUAGCUCCAAGAGAUGGAAUUCGUUGGUUAGCUAACUUCUGUUGGGAAGGCUUCCGUGGUGCAAGUGGGAGUCAUGGAAGCAAUUCAAGCUUCAGGCUCCUUUGUUCCAAGAGUAGUGGGCUUGAAGGAGGAUACAGUAGAAGAUGGACUAGAAGACAUAUGUCUACAAAAACUGAAGGAAGAAACAAGACUAACCUAAGCAGUAAACCUGGCAGCAUUGUGCAUGAAAUUUUGGAUGGGAAGCUUCCCCAAAGCGCUGCAUUAAAUGUAAAUAAAACAGAAAUAAUUGAGACUCAAAAAACUCGGUACUGUGACAUUCAACAAAAGAUUGUGGAGAAUAAAGACUUAGCUAGCCUUGUAACCACUAUUGUCUUUGAUAUUGAGACAACAGGCCUUAGCAGAGAGGAGGAACGAAUCAUUGAGAUUGCUCUUCAAGAUUUGGCAGGAGGUGAAAACAGUACUUUCCAGACUUUAGUGAACCCUGGACGCUAUGUUCCCAAUCCUCACGUUCAUGGUAUAACAACACAUAUGGUCUGUAGACCUAAUGUUCCAAGGAUGGAGGAACUAAUUCCAAUCCUACUGCAAUAUGUCAGUAGCCGUCAGAAGCCUGGAGGCUAUGUAAUGCUGGUUGCACACAAUGGCCGUUGUUUUGAUGUACCAUUCUUGAUCAGUGAAUUUAACCGUUGCUCUUAUGAGAUUCCACAAAACUGGCUGUUUGUUGACACACUUUCUCUAGCACGUGAAUUGAAGAAGUCGGGAGUAUCAAGGCUUCCUUCCAAAACAUCGCUGCAGGCACUACGCGAAUACUAUAACAUUCCCUUAGUUGGUUCAGCUCACAGAGCCAUGUCUGAUGUGAGGUCAUUAUCCAUGAUUUUGCAGAGGUUGACAUUCGACUUAAAAUUGUCAAUCCCUGGUCUGGUUGGAAAAUCUUUCACAGCCUUAGACUGCAUCAACUCUAAGAAGAAGAAGAAAAACUCAGGCUAAUUUCAAGUUAUUCUGCUUUACUAACUAUUUGUUGUAAUUUACAAUUGAUUCUCAUCAACAAGCUGCCAAGCCAUAUUAUUUGUUCAGUCACUUCACUAUCUUGUAUACACAAAUUGUUGCCACUACAAGAAUAUCAAUAAUAAAGUUGUUGAAAUCUA